AUGCUAGCAUCCAAGCCACACGAGAACCCACCUCGCCCUCGCUGGUUCCCUCCUGUCCAACCUUCCACCUCUUCUCCUACUCCGCCCACCACCACUACCACUCAGCCUCUCCCACUCCCAUGUUCCCUCCGCCACCCCAGCCCCACAACAAGAUCAUCCAGACCUCGCCAACGCACCACGCUCAUCGUGCCCCACUCUCUCCGGCACCUCAGAGCAGAGCUCGCCAUCGCUGUCAUCAACACCACCACCACCACCACCAGCGGCGGCGGCGACGACGACGACGAUAUUGAUGGCGCCGACAGCGACGCCAGCGCCAACACGACGUUCUCGCGGCGUGUGCGGCGGCGGGCCAGAGCAGAGCGGGACUUGCGCGAGGAGUGGGUGGACGUGGGGGAGGAGGCGUAUGGGCAUGCGCGGCGGGCGCCGGUGGCAGAUAGGAGCUCGGCGACCGACAGUGGCGGCGGCAGCGACGCCGAGGGCGGGCAGUGGGAGGGGUUGAAUGGGGAGAAGGAGCUGGAAGUCAGCUCUUUUGAGGAGGAGAAGGAGAGGAGGAGGAUAAAGAAGGAGGCGAGGGCCGAGAGGAGGAGGAGAGGGGUUUGGAGGGAUGUGGAUGGGCUAGAGGAGGACGGGGAGGAUGGUGAUGAGGAGGAAGGGGAUGAUGAGAUUGAGGAGUGGGAGGAGGUCGAGAAGGAGGAAGCAAGGGGGCCAGAGUCCUCGUUGUCCGCACUGAGGUUCAUGGAUCAAGUGUUUAAGACUUUAUCGAAGCUCUGA